CACCCCAAAGUGAAAAAGUGCACCACACGCGUAGGAAUAGCGGCAAGAGCAGUUGCAGCGGGAAAAAGUGAAGCGAAACCAAAUAGCCAAUGGUGCAUUACCUGCCACCUAUCGUUUUCGCCGAACCGUGAGAGCUGUGCUUUGAGUGUUCCCGCGUCGUUGUGCAUCGCCUGUCGAUUCAGGUGGAUUAUAAAAAUCAGUGAGCUCAUGCUUAACAAGUAGCAAAUUAAGAUCGUUCGGUGGAAAGCCGAAAAGUUACCCUGAAAAGCGUCAAUACUGUCACCACAAUCAGGACACCUCAUCCAACCGCCAAGUCAAACGGUCUGAAAGUCGGACUGUAAUCGCCUGUUGAUAAUUUCCCUUGGAUUUAAUUAAACCAGCAGACCAAAAAUGAACGCCUUGCUCAUACUAUCGGCCAUCGUGGCAGCAGUCGCAGCUCAGAAGGACUACACCACGCCUGUGCCCAUUUUGAAGCAAAUCAACCGACAUAACGAGGACGGAAGCUACAGUUACGGAUAUGAGGCAGCCGACGGUUCGUUCAAAAUUGAAACCAAAUAUCCAACCGGCGAAGUUCAAGGCAAAUACGGAUAUGUUGAUGACGCUGGAAAACUGCGAGAAAUCGAGUACGGAGCAAGCAAACGAGGAUUUGAACCUGCCGGUACUGACAUCAAUGUCCCACCACCAACCCUGACCAACAACCAAUACCCAGCGCUUGGUCCAAACGAGGAAGAUGACGGUCAGUACCGUGAAGAUCCUAGUGUCUAUUACAAGGAUUCCCGCUACAAUUCGAAGCCAGCUGCUCCGGCCUAUAGACCACGACCAGCUCCAGUGAAUUACAACCCAGCUCCUCAGCAAUACUACCAGAGCAAUGCCGCCCCUACUCCAGCCCCAGCGUAUCAGCAGCCACAGCACCGAUAUCAGCCUCAGCCACAGCAACACUACCAGCCACAGCCACAGCAGCAAUACUAUCAGCCACCUACACCAGCACCUCAGCAGCGUUCCGAGUACUGGCACCCGAACGCUAAGGUUGACAUCAAUACCGGAUCAUACUCGCUGAGCUACACCGGUUAAUCCGUUAAUUUGGUGAUAGUUUGGUAGGAAACAUGUCUAUCCGCGUGUGUGUCCCUAAGUCAAUUUAGUUGUCAUAGCUGCCGAGGACCAAAUUGUGUGCUACAACUUGAACGGUGCAAGAGUUAUGUGUUUGCUAGUGUUUGUGUGUGUAUGUAUGUGUAAGUACGCUUCCUGAGACGAGUUUUUAGGGUAUUCUUUUGUAUGAGUAGAAUAAACGAUACAAAAUA